UUGAUACUCCAGCAAUUGCGUAUUAGUUUCUUCUAACACCGACUUAGAUAUCUUGCUUCCAACCCAAGUACAAAGAAAUUUCUGCAAAUUGAUUCAGUGUCGCUGUUUCUGAAGACCUCCUUUUCUUGUGUUUUUUUUCGGCUAACAUAGUCCUCCAUAGAGUUAUAUACACUCAUAUAUAUAUAAUUAUAUAUAUAUAUAGUUCAAUCCUAUACAGGAGCUCCGCAACUGUUAUCCCUAAAUUAUGCCGCCGCGCGCAGUGAAACGACCCUCCACUGCCACCGCCCUUAAGAAGAAAACCCCUAUCAGAGAAAAUGAAUACAAGGAAUUUGUUCCUAGAGAGUUGGACGAAUCGGAAAGGUUGGAACUUGAAGAUAAUGACAUCCACACUGAUGCGGAAGAGCAUGGCGGUGGAAAUGUUGGGAUGGAAAGGCACUGGGAUAUGGAAGGUAGUGAGGACAGUAUAGAUGGGGAAAACGUGGCGGAUAUGAUGGAAGGUUACGAGGAGUUGCGGAAGGAAGAAAUGGGCAAGGAGGGUGUCAGGGACGAACAUGGAGUGGAGCUAGAUGAGUUUGAAAGCGAGCAUCAUGACGUGGUCAAAGAGAGGCGGAAAAGGAAGGAAUUUGAGGUUUUUGUUGGGGGAUUAGAUAGAGAUGCCACUGAGGAGGACCUAGGAGAGGUUUUUAGUCAGGUGGGUAAAAUCACUGAAUUGAGGCUCUUAAAGAACCCAAUAACUAAGAAGAACAAGGGCUUUGCUUUCAUACGUUUUGCAACUGUUGAGCAGGCCAGGCGUGCUGUCAAUGAACUUAAGCAUCCAGUGGUUAAUGGGAAGCAAUGUGGCGUAGCGCCGAGUCAAGACAGUGAUACAUUGUUUGUUGGUAACAUAUGCAAGCAAUGGACGAAGGAGAUUCUGAAGGACAAGCUUGCUGAUUUUGGUGUUGAAGAUUUUGAAGAGUUGACAUUGGUCGAAGAUACUAAAAACGAGGGUAUGAAUCGGGGAUUUGCUUUUCUCGAUUUUUCUUCCAGAGCAGAUGCCUUGGAAGCUUGCAAGCGCUUGCAGAAGAGGGAUGUUGUGUUUGGCACAGAUCGAACAGCUAGGGUUGCAUUUGCAGACACUUUUAUUGAACCUGAUGAUGAAAUCAUGGCACAGGUCAGGAUUGUAUUUAUUGAUGGUUUACCUUCUACUUGGGAUGAGGAUCGCGUCGAGGAGCAUCUCAAAAAGUAUGGGAGGAUUGAAAAGAUUGAACUUGCUCGAAAUAUGCCAGCUGCAAAAAGAACUGAUUUUGGAUUUAUAACAUUUGAUACACAUGACGCUGCAGUGGCUUGUGUUGAUGGUGUUAAUAAUUCUGAGAUUGGUUAUGGAGACAAGAAGGUGAAGGUUAGGGCAAGGUUAUCUAGGCCGCGGCAGAGAGGUAAGUCUUCUAAACAUGCUCGAGGAGGUUAUCCAGUUGAACAUGGAGGUCUUCGGGGUGUCAAAACUUCAUGGGGCUCUAGCGUGCCUCACAUGGAUUCUUGGAGGUUCACAGGCCGUAGUGGGAGAAGCAUUCAAAGUCGUAGUGCAUAUGAUGGAGGUCUUAGGCGAUCACUUGAUUCAAGGGAUAGACACCCAAUCAUGGAUGUGGUUCCUGAUAGAGUUGGAAGCAGGAGGAGAUUUCCUUCCCCAGAAAGAUCCUUCAGCAGAAGGUCUCCUGUUUUGUCUUAUGGAAAGAGCAGCUUACAGAAAAAGUACAUGCGGGAAGAUGAAUCUUUUUCUAGGCCACAUGAUUUUGCUAGAUCUCAUACGGAGAGGCAUUCUUACAAAGUUGCCUACCCUUCACAUGGAUCUGGGUACUUGGAAAGUUCCCCAAGGAGUUUUUCUCAUGGUGUUACUCGUAGAAUGUCUCCUCUUUAUGAUGAUGAUGAUGAUGGCUAUGAAAGAUAUAUUGAGCAGCCCUCAAGCUAUCGGGAGGGCCAUAGCCGUGAUUACGGUUCAUUUUCUGGCUCAAAGCGUUCCUAUUCAGCAAUUGAGGAAGCUCAUCCUCGUCAUGCUGAAUCAUCAAUUAGGCAGUCAAGAGGCCGUUCUGACUAUGGGGGUAGCAAUUCUCGCGUGCCGUAUGGUGAAGUUUCUUAUGGGAGUGACUCUGCAAGGCUGAGGCGUGGCUCUCGUUCAGUGUAUGACGGGGGUAGGAAUUCUUCAGGGCAUUCCCAUGGACUGUAUGACACAGGCACAUCAAGUAUGGGGUACAGAAGAGGUAUUGAGGAGAUCAGCAGAGGGGCUUCAAGGCGUUCUCAUGAAAUGUAUGAUACAGGCACAUCAAGUAUGGGGUACCAAAGAGAGGAGAUCAGAAGAGGGGAUGUGGAGGGGCUCUAUUCCAGCUAUGCUAGGGAUCAAUCUUCCAGGGAUUACUUGCCUUCUCGAUCAGAUAUGGAUGCAAUCUCAUACUCUCCUGUCUACACAAGUCGUCGCAUAAAUGAUGGCUACUUAAGUGGCAGAGAUUCAGGGUCAUAUUAUUAAGGGAAAAUUUAUGUUCUAUUCAUGUUAAUGUCCCGUGGCUUUACAACUAGCCUAUCUGGUUGUUUAUGAAAGGGAUAUAUUGGGACUGCGUUUACAAUAUAUUCAUCCAUUUGAGCUGAACUGAUUGAUCAGACCGCCUCAGGUUGACGAGCUUCACUAUUUGCCUGUAAAAUGAUUGGUGUAAUGAUUGGUUAAGAAGAGAAGUUGAAAACUUUUUUUUUUUUUUUUUGUUUUUAGUUUAAUUUGAAUAGAAUUAUUCAUUUACAAUUCUCAAGAUCGAGCGAGUGUUGGUUUGUUUGAGUAUGAUGUAUCCUGUUCAGCCUUUCGAAACUUUAUUUUGCAUCAAGUUAGUCAUAGCCAAGUGACCAUAUUAUUGCGACGAAUGUUAGAAAGUUUUGUUAGAAAUUAGCAAUAUCCAGUAUGUUUUCUUUCAUAUUCCUUGAAAGGGCAGAACCAGGAUUCUUUUGUAGUGUUGGUUUCAUUCAUAUAGGCUGCCAGUCAUCGUGAUCUUAGGCGAGAUUACAAACUGCAUUUCUUCCAGAACUGUUAUAUCUCAUUUUCUUGGGAUCAACCAGGAAAUUUUGGUUCUUUUCUUCCUGUGCCGCACCGCAAGUUUUCUUGGCAUCUAGAUAUCACAACUGAGGCUAUACUCAAUUGGCAUUGGUGGUGUUGCAGCAACAACAGAGAUCCAAACGUUAAAUCUGUAGGGGAAGAAGGUUCUUUUAGUCCACAAUCUGUGUUUAUCCUACAAUCUGUGUUUAUCCUCCUCUUUUUUUUUAUUCAUAUCCUCAGUCACGAAAGUGUGGAGUUGACAGAACAUCGAAUUGCCAUCUUGUUCAACAAUUUGGCUCCAACCAAGAUUUGUAAGAGGCAGUGUUUGUAUUUGAUAUGGCAUUUAUACCCAUUACCUUCUUCUUUUUUUGUCUCUUCUGAACAUGAGAAACUCAAGAGAUGUGAUAACUUCUAGAACAAUAAUAUAUCUUCCGAACUUCUAGAGCAAUGAUACAUACAUCCUCCGAAUUCAGAAGUUGAGACCUUACGCGUUAAGGACUAUUCCAUACCCAAAAUAUGCUGAAGGACAGGGGUACAAGACAUUUUUACUAAACUUUGACAAACUAUAGCAAAUUGGUGCAAGUUUCCAAUUGAACUUGCUUUGACCUAUAUAGCUAGGUUGUGGGAUGUUUUCUAUUUGGCAAUAGCAGAUGCAGAGCUAUGAUUAGAGUCUAUCGGUGGUGUAAUGUCAGUAGCAUUAAGCAAACUUGUCAGAGAUGAGCUCACCAAUAUUGAAAGUGAUCGUGAAAAGAUAAAGCUUAUCAUUGUUUUACUUUUUACAAGUCAAGGAAUUGAGAAAUGGUCCCGUCCUAUCACAGACCUUCAUGCGAGUUAGCUUUAUUUAUUUUUGAGCCACGAACCAAAAAAAACACUUUUAUGUCAUGCGUUCUAAAAAUUAUAUUUGAGUGGAGAAAAAAAAAAAAAAAAAAAUUAUAUUUGAUGGGUGGGCAUUAAACUGUUCUAAAAAGUCCAUUUAUCUAAAUGCAGAACUAUUCAUUUAUACGCUUUCACUUCCCAUCUAAAUCGUGGAAUAAAUAUAACUUCUAACAACCUGUAUAUAUAUUUAUUAAUCAAAUUUUCUUUAUUUUUUGGGUUAAGUGUAAAAAACCUCACUUUGUACAAAAUUAAUUCUUAUUUUUUAAAAAUGUAUAUACAAGUCCAGAACUAACCAUUUUUUUACAAAAAGUAAAAUUAAAAACUUCAUUUUACCCUUUUAUUUUUCAUUUUACCCCACCUAUUUGUGCAUAUAAUCCCUUCUAAACCCAAUUCGGCCCUCUCUCUCUCUUGUUAUAUUAUACAAUAUAUACAUACAUACAUACAUACAUAUAUAUCUUCUCCAGUGGCCACCUGCCCCAAGAAGAAAGGGUGGAAGAGUUUGUGUCAAUUGUUGAGAAGUUUUUAGAAAGAGUUUUUGGUGGCUUGGAGGAGAAAUGUCUGCAAGCAGCAACUGGAGAUCUGUAUCAAUCUUUGAUAUACAACUUGCUGAUGUUAAUUUGCGAAUUUUUGGGUACAACCUGAUGCAAAGACUAGGGCUUUAUAGCAAAAUAUUCUCAAACAACAGAAGAAUUUAUUGUAAAAAGAAACAAUAGUUUAGAAAUUGCAAUA